AUGGAUACGGUACCGGCAUUGCUCUUAUCCGUUCUAAAGGGGUUGUCACUGGACGCAUACAAGAAUGAUAUGGAUUUGAUGAGCGCCGAUCCAAGAGAUGGUGGCGGUUGGAUACGGUAUCCCAAUGUUUCGGAGGAGCAAUUUGCUGAGGCUUGCCCUGUUUGUUGCGACAACUGCAACUGCAGAUCAUGCUUGCAUGGAUUAUCACCUAAAGAUAAAGAUGGCUAUACAUGCUCUGGACCCGAUAAAAUUCAAUAUUCUGAAUACAUCCUACAAAAAGUUUUCCCGCUUGUGAGAAGUCUAAAUGAAGCGCAACUGGCGGAGAAGGAAAUAGAAGCUAAGUUUAAUGGACUAUCUGUAUCUGAGUUAAAAUUGGAGUAUGCUGAAUGUGAGGUGGAUGAGGAUAUGUUUUGCAACAACUGUGGAGCGUAUUUCUUUGACUUGUAUAGAAGUUGUGCAUGCGGUUAUGAUCUAUGCCUUGGAUGUUGCCGGGAUCUGCGUGAUGAUCGCCUAAUGCAACUUCAUGAUAUGCCUUGUGGAUGGAAAGCUUUGAUAGAUGGUAGCAUUCCUUGCCCACCAAAAGAUAUUGGUGGCUGUAAUUUUGGGAUUCUUGAGUUGAAACAUAUAAUGCCCUCUGAUUGGGUCGCAAAAGUGUUAGAGGAAGCACAAGAGAUUUACACAACUUAUGAUAUUCCUGAAGCUUCUAUGGAAUGUUGCAUGUGUUAUAAUAACAGCGAUAUGAAGUUAGAGAGAGAAGCCAUGCAAGAAAAACGUAAUGCAAGUUAUUUAUACACUCUUAAAGCCAAAGACAUUGAACCUCGGGAUAUGCAACAUUUCCAAUUGCAUUGGUCGAAAGGUGAGCCAGUAAUAGUUAGUGACGUGCUUUCGACAUCCUCGGGGCUUAGUUGGGAGCCAAUGGUGCUGUGGCGUGCUUUUCAUGAUACCACUACUCGUGAAGAUGAUUCCCUUGCCUUUGAAGUCAAUGCCAUCAACUGCUUGGAUUGGAGUGAGGUGAAUCUUGAUCUUUACGAAUUCUUUAGGGGAUACUUAGAAGGUGGGACCCUGAAACUGAAGCUGGAAAACUGGUGGCCUUUUUGCUUAUCUGAUGAAGAAUGGCCACGUCAUUUUGUUGAAAUCAUGAGAUGUCUUCCCUUCAAAGACUACACACAUCCUUAUGAUGGCUACCUCAAUGUUGCUGUUAAGUUGCCUCGUCUAUCCUUGAAACCGGACACAGGUCCAAUGAUGGAUAUAGCUUAUGGAGGCUCUGUUACUAAGCUUCGCUGUGAUAGCUUGGAUACUGUGAAUGUACUCACACAUACAUCCAUUAAGCUUAACAAGAAACAAACUUUGAAACGAAAGCAUGAUGACCAAGAUGAAGUUGACAGGAUGGACGAAGUUGCUAAAUGGGAUAUAUUCCGAAGGCAAGAUAUACCUAAACUAGAGCAAUAUCUUAGGAAAUACUUUGGAGAGGUUAGAGCUAAUGAUUUUCUCUUAGUUGUUCACCCAUUGCACGACCGGGCUUUUUACCUGAAGAGGGAACAUAAAAGAAAGCUCAAAAUGGAAUUUGGAGUCGAACCAUGGACAUUUAAACAAAAGCUGGGUGAUGCAGUUCUUAUACCAGCUGGCUGUCCUUAUCAAAUUAGAAACCUGAAGUCAUGCACCAAGGUUGAAUUCUACUUUGUGUCACCUGAAAGUCUUGGUGAAUGCCUCCGUUUACAACAGGAACUCCGGAUGCUUCCCAACAAUCACAGGGCCAAUUCAGAAAAGCUAAAUAUCUGGAAAUUGAUUGUUUACGCAUUAGACCAUUCUUUGGCCGAUUUGGCGGUGCUAGUUACAGAUCCGAAACUCGCCAUGGUGCCUUAUAUUCCAAAUGGUAAUGAUGCGGAUAAUUAUAAUCACACCAGAGGCAGGCCUUGUAAUACCGACAAUGAUGAAGAUGAAAGUAUAGGACUGUGGCAAGGUAAUGCUGUUGAAACAGAGGCCAAAGAACUACUACAGGCCAUCAAGAACCGCUAUCCUAACACAUUUCACAGGGUCCGUAUUCGUUCAAAAGAAAUCUGGAUGCCAAUUCUCAAACAAUUCUAUUUGGUCAUUAAAGGGUUCAUGGAAACAUAUGUGGACACACUGAUGGAGGAUCAGAUCACUCACAUUCGCGAGGACCUUAAUGAACUCGAGUGUUUUGGAUUCAAUCUUGCAUGGGCCCACGAGAGGCUAAAUAUAGUGGAGAAGCUCAAGUUUGUAAAAGACCCUUUGCAGCAAGAGCUCAUGGACUUGGAAGAAUCUUUGGAACUAGUUAAAAAAUGCUUAGUUGAGCAACUUAAAGAGUUUGUAGAAGCUCACGAGAAACUGAAAAAAGUACGGUUAGACUAUGAUAACAUCACAGAGGCACGAAACAAGAAGGCACGUGAGGUGGCACAAAAGUUUGGGGGAGAAUAUGAUCAUCUAUGUAAGGGUCAACUUGGUUCCACUUUGCUUCCAGGGUACUGUAAAAUUUGA